CCCUCUGCCCUUCAGUUUCUACACGCAUUACAAGUAGUAAUUCAAAUUCUGCUCAAAUGGAUCGAUUUGGAGUCAUCCUCGUGGCUUUGGUGUCACUUUCCCUGAGUUUAUCUCUUUUUCCUGAUUCCGUCUCUGCUCAACUAAAACAGAAUUACUAUGCCAAUAUCUGCCCCAAUGUAGAGAGUAUUGUGAAAAAUGCAGUCACAAAGAAGUUCCAACAAACUUUCGUCACUGUUCCUGCGACCCUGCGUCUCUUCUUCCAUGAUUGCUUCGUUCAGGGUUGUGAUGCUUCGGUUAUCAUUGCAUCCACUGGAGGCAAUAAGGCGGAGAAAGAUCACCCUGACAACCUAUCGUUAGCCGGGGAUGGAUUCGACACCGUGAUCAAGGCCAAAGCAGCAGUGGAUGCGGUUCCUCAAUGCCAGAAUAAGGUCUCUUGUGCUGAUAUUCUGGCCAUGGCAACUCGUGAUGUUAUUGCUCUGGCCGGUGGUCCAUCGUAUGCUGUUGAGCUGGGAAGAUUGGAUGGAUUAAGUUCAACAGCUUCUAGUGUCGAUGGGAAGCUGCCUCAGCCAUUUUUCGAUUUGAAUCAGCUGAAUGCCCUGUUUGCUGCAAAUGGACUCUCCCAAUCAGACAUGGUUGCUCUUUCAGGUGCGCACACCGUUGGAUUCUCUCACUGUUCAAAAUUUGCGAGUAGGAUAUACAGUUUCAGCAAUCAAAAUCCUGUGGACCCUACACUAAACCAGGCAUAUGCAACUCAGCUUCAACAAAUGUGUCCUAGGAACGUGGAUCCCACGAUAGCCAUCAACAUGGACCCAACCACGCCCAGGAACUUUGACAACGUAUACUACAAGAACUUGCAACAGGGCAAGGGCCUGUUCACCUCGGACCAGAUUCUGUUCACAGAUUCCAGAUCCAAGGCUACAGUAAAUGCAUGGGCCUCCAGUUCGCAGGCCUUCCAAAAUGCCUUCGUUGCUGCCAUGACCAAGCUGGGGAGGGUGGGUGUAAAGACAGGAAAGAACGGCAACAUUCGUAAAGACUGUUCUGCGUUCAAUUGAUUGAGGAAGUCCCGGACUUGUAGGAAAGAGAUUCAAUUUUCUGUUUAAGAGUUUAUAAAUUUUAAUGGCAUUUGUAUGGGGUUGUAAUAAUUCAGAUAAGUUUAUAUUACAAGGAGAAACGAACAAUAAAAGCUACAGCAGCCUCAUGGUUUGAUCUUGGUUUUGGAAUUUUCUCAGUUCUUCUAGGACAAAAUCCUUUCUGAUAUUCAACAAGCAAUUUUAACGAAGAUGGGCUCAUUUUAUACCACCAAACACCAGCUUUGACCUGUGGAAUAAACUUUGUCUUUGAUC